AUGAGCGUAACAAUUCAUUUGGAAGAUUUUCAAAGCUGGUCAGAAAUUUUUGAAGAAAUAGAAAAGCAACGCAAGAUGAAAUUAUUCAAGAUCAUACAGCCUAACCCAUCUGCUAUCCAUGACAGAGAAAAAAGAAGAAAAUCGUCCUUACGGCCUGUUCAAGAGGGACGUCGCAUCAGUUUGGGAGGAGCGAACAAGAGCAAUCACAAACCCGCCGAAAUACAGCCGAUUGCGCGCAGUACAAGUUCACCGUGUUGUGCGAUCAGUGAUGGAAUUAAUCCUUAUAAUUUACAUAAUGAUUCUCGAUUCACAGAAGCAGCAAAGAAGCUGAGCAAGGAGGAAAUGGCAUUACUGUACGAGGACAUCGUCAAGCCAAUUGAUGUCUAUUCAAUUUUGAUUGAAAAACGAAAAGAAACUAAGAUGACAUAUCGCAAUUGA